GUCAGUCCCUCGGGAUAAAAGUCUCCACAGAGAGAGUGAAAGUUCAGAGUGAAAAGAGACCGAAGAACAAAUCACAUCAACUACAAGAGAACAGAGAGAUCAGAGCUCCUCCUGCAGACGGCUGAUCGUUGACUCGUUCUGUCUCACGAUGACUUCCUGUCCGUUGACCCUCCUCUUCCUCUUCCCUUUGAUGUCAUCCAUCAAGGCUGCCGCAGAACCUGCAGGCUGCAAAAUCCGCAUCACUGACAGAGGACUGGAUAUGUUGAAGUUUGAGACUCUGAAGUUUGUUGAAGAGGAGCUCAGUAACAUCAGUAUGCCAGAGAUGAAGGGCAAAGAGGGACGCUUCCAAUACACCAUCAACAAUGUGAAGAUCAACGAGUUGAAUCUGACUCACGCUGACCUUGCCUUCGUCCCGAACGUCGGUUUGUUGUUCGAUGUUCAGAACUCAUCGAUUGCGCUGAGUUUCAACCGACGUGUCCUCUACUGGUUCUUUUACGAUACAGGAAACAUCAACGCGUCGGCUGAAGGUGUGAACAUCAACACGGUCCUGAAUCUGAUCAGAGACGACGUCGGUCGACUGAAGAUCAACAACAUCACUUGUGACGCCAACAUCGCCAAAAUGAGGGCCAAGUUCAGCGGGACGCUCGGGAAAGUUUAUGAUUUCCUGUCCAGUCUGCUGACAACAGGCAUGCGCUUCAUGCUCAACCAGCAGAUCUGUCCUGCUCUGAACAACGCUGCUCUCGUCCACGUGAACUCGAUGCUGGAGACAAUCCCUGUGAGGACGGAGGUCGAUGAUUAUAUCGGGAUUGAUUAUUCUCUGAUUAAAGAUCCCGUGGUGUCGUCCAGGAGCCUCGACAUGCACUUCAAGGGGAUGUUUUUCGACCUGUUGGACCCAAAUGACACGCUGACGAACAACGCCGUGGAUCCAGUCAUCAAUGAGUACGACCGGAUGGUUUAUCUCGCUCUGUCCGAGUACUUCUUCGACAGCGGGAUGUUCGCCUACUACAAAGCCGGAAUCUUCCAGAUGCACAUCGUCAACGAGAAGAUGCCUAAAGAUCUGGAGAUGAUGCUGAGGACCACCUACUUUGGAUCUUUGAUGAUGCUGAACCCGGCGCUGGUCGAGGCCCCGCUCUCUCUGCAGUUCGCCGUCAACUCAAAUCCAAAAACCACCAUCAAGACGACCGGAGCGACGGUCGUCAUGACGGCGAUCGUCAAGGUGAUGGUGCUGCCUCCAGGUCAGCCUCCGAUUCAGCUCAGCAGCAUGACCAUGGAAGCAAAGUUUAACGCUAAAGUUUCCAUGAAGGGGAAACGUCUGGCUGUCCACGCUGACCUCCGCAGGUUUAAAAUCUACUCCAAUCAGUCGGCACUGGAAUCUCUGGCAUUGAUUCCUCUGCAGGCUCCUCUGAAGGCGAUCAUGCAGAUGUCUGUGGUUCCGUUAAUCAACAACUACACAAAGAGAGGAGUUCGGAUCCCUCUGGCUGAUGGGAUGGAUUUCAUUGAGGAGGUGGUCGAGUAUCACAACGGUUUCAUUGUGAUCGGAGCGAAUCUUCACUUCGCCAAAGGACUGAGAGACAUGAUCACAGAGGGGUCUAACAGUGUCUAAAUAUAUAUUUAUAUGUAUUUUAUUAACAGUACACAUAUACCAUGAAAUUAUACACAAUGCUGCGUAAUUAUAUCUGCUGUAUGACUCCAUGUUGUAAAUAAAGAGAGUGACGAAACAGGAAUCCAUAAACACUC